GGCAGCGCACAGCCGCCGGGGUUGGCAAACGGUGCGGGCGGAGGGGACGCGCGGUGACAGCGGUGAGUGCGGUGCGGUGCGGUGCGGGGACACACGUGGGCCAUUGUCUGCGGCCGGGGAGCACGGGGUGACGCGGAUGUGGCCGCCGAGGUGUCACUGCGGUGCCGGUCGCCUGAGGGAUGCUGUCGCGAUUGUGGUGUGCGGUGGCUUAAGCAGGUGCUGAGGAUUUGGCCCGAAAGGAUUUCCCCACGCUGCUGCCGUAAUCCCCCACCCCUGACCUGAGCUGCCCGAGGAGAGCUCGGCUCUGGUUUGCUUUCUGCCUCACGCCGGCGAUUGCUUCAGACAGGUAUUUCUGCUGCUGGAGGUGGUUUGGUAAAGAGCUUAGGGAGAGCUUUAUAUCCCCCAGCCCGGGGGUUGGUGUGUGGUUCUGUGGCCAUACCCGUGCAGCACCUGGUUUGGAGGCUUUGCCCACAGCACUGCGCCGGACCCCACGCCCACAUCCCCACCGUGACCCCAGCACUGGGGGGACAGUCUGCAGACCCAGAACGGUUCCAGGUUGGUGGGGGCUGUGGUGUGUGGGGGGGAGGCUGAUGGCUGUGUCCUGAGCUGGGAUGUGCUCUCCACAUCUCACGUCUGCUCGCCCACACUGUGCCAUGUGCAUCUCAGGGUCGGCGCAGCUCUCCAUGGGCACAGCGGGCGCUGAGGUGUGGGUGUGUUUGUCCCCAAGAAGGGACAGCGGGGCGGCGAGGCUGAAGUGGGGCACAGAGCCGUGAUCUGCUCUGCCCCCAUCCUCGGGUCACUGCCGUCACACCGCUGUGACGUUCUCCAAAUGCCACCCCAUGGAUAUGGGCUGCCCCGAGCUCUGCAUCUCUUGCAGCAGCGCGUUUCAGCCAGGCUGUCCCUUUGAGGGAUGCCUUCGCCUCUCCCCCCGCCAGUGCUGGAGUUGUGAUGGAGCUGGAGUUACCAGGGAGAUCAAACAUAAACUCUCUGCUUCCCCCGGACUCCUCUCCUUGGCCGGAGCAGGAGGAGAGUGUCAGCCCCCCCCCCCCGCCGCAGGCAAUGCUGGCUGCCAGCAGCCGCUUUGUUCUCUGGAAAUCCCCUGAGGUCCCUGGGCUCCAUCCCGCCCUGCAGUGCUGAGCACAGAGGAGGCUUCGUCAUCCUAUCUCCCACCUAUGAGGGCUGGGACCUCGGCCCCAUUAGGAACCCCAGCCCCGUAGGGUCCCGCAGAUGUCCUGCUCAGUGCCACCACCGCCCAGCUGCGUGCUGGUGACAUUACCCGUUGUGCUCAGUGAUGCAGAGUCACCCUGUGGGACGUGGGAGCGCGGGCAGCCGCUGUGCUCCCUCCCUUCCGGGGACUUUGCCCAGCAGCUGUCAGCCCCGGUGCUGCGUGCGGGAUCCAGCUCAGGCUUUGUGCCUUUCCCUCCUUAUGCAUCUCUCAUGGAUUUAUUGCCAGCGUGUGUUUGCAGCCCAGAAAACCCAGCCUGGCCGCGGUGCUGGUGGGUUUGGUGGCCCACCCCGCAGGGUGCACAGGAUGCAGCAAGCCAUGGGUGCAGGCUGACAUCAGUGACGGAUGGUGAGGUGCGGUGUUUGGUCGCUGCUGUGGCUGCUGACGUGUGUGGUUUGUCACCAGGGUGGGGUGGCAGAGGAGGUGGGUGCUCAUGGCACUCUCCCUCCUGGGGCUGCUCAGCGUUCCCUCCCUGCGUGCCCAGGCUUGGGGGUGCCAAAUGGCACGUGAUGGCCAAAGUGGCCCAGCGGUGUCCCAGCACCAGGCCCAGAACAGGGCAGCAGCUCAAAUGAAUGCAUUGCAUCCCCAGCAGCUGAAUGGGGAACACCACAGUGCAUGGGCCUAUAGGAGCAGGGAGUGCAGAUGCUGCUCGGAUGCGUCCCCGCGUCGUGCCAGGAGCAGCAGGAGCCAGGAGCUCGUUGUUGUUAGCGUGGGGGCUGUGCUGGCUGCUGGCCCCCAUCCCUGCCUCGGUGGUGAAAGCGGCUCCAGAAAUGCUCUCUCAGCUCAGCUGGCGGCGUGGCUGGGGUUAGGGCACGGAUUGGGUUACGGAGGAAAACCGGCGGUCAGAGGGAAAUCUCCUUGCCUGGCUGUGCACCCGGCGCGGGUGUGUGGGUGCCCGCAAAGUGCUUUCAUCCCAGGGCUGAGCUCACCACAUUUCCAGGCUGUGCUGAGCCCGUGUCGGUGCCUGGUUAGGAUGUGGGGCAGGCCAGGGGGUUGCAUGGAGCUCUGCCCUCCUCUCUUUGCCUCCAUCUCCUCCUCUCCCCGCAGCCUUUUCCCUUUCAGCCACCCCAAACAAGCCAAGCCCCACGCAUAACUCCUGUAAGCAGAAGGGAAUUUGGAAACGCUGAGAGCAGCAAUUCCCAAACUUCUCCUCCAUCAGCUCUGCUCCUGGCCGCCGAUUCCCCUCUCUUCCCUUUGUUCAACUGAAUUCCUGUCCGCUUGCUCUGCCCGUCCUCCCACAGUGCUGUGACCCACGCUGGGGCUGUCACCGUGCACCUCGCAGCCGAGCAGGGAAAGCGCACAGCCCUCGUUAUCCCACUUGGAUCGGUUGGAAUGGCUGCACGAGGAGCAGCCUGGCCCCAUCCUGCUGCCUUUGCCACAGCCCUUCACUCUGCAUGGGGACAGCGGAGGAGCCGAGUGCUGGCACUCAUCCUCUGGCUGUCGGGUCGCUGCUGCGCCUGCAGAAUUCCUUCUAUUUAUUUUUUAUUCUCUUGCAUCCAAUGUGCAGAACUGAGCCUUGUGCUCUGAGCAGCGCACAGAGGGUCUGGUUUAUUAUCGCUCAGGGGGAAAUAAAUCUUCCUGGAGCGUCACUGAUUCCUCGCAGACAAAGCUGCUCCUUUGUGCUCCUGGCUGCGCGAUGGGGCCGUGGCGUGGAUGGAGGAGAAAGGCUCCAUUUCCCUGUGCUUUGCUCCCAGAUUUCUGCCCUGUUCUCCCCUGCAGGUCAGGGCUCAGCAGUUUGCACGGGGCCUCUUGGAGGUGGGUUUCUCUCCCACCUCCUUGCAGGGUGCCCGUGGGUGACUCUGUGGGUGCCGCCGUUCCCUUCUUCCUGGGAAAACAAACAGAUUUCAAGGGCUUGGUCGGAGGACAGGGAUGUGGCUGAGGAGGAGGGAGAGAGGUGAAGAAAGGGCUGGAAAAACAGAGGCAGGAGGCCAGGAUGCAGGGCGAGUUUGGCUCACAGCCACCUGAGCCCAUCGCCCGGGAGCCGCCUGGAUGCUCAGCCCCGAAGCCGCUGUCGGAACGUGCAUAAAUGCUGCAGAUUUACACCUCCAGAUUUACGCCUCCAGAUUUACAGCGGGCCCCUCAACGGGGCCGGGGCCAGGGGGUGGGGAGGCACGCACAGAGCUGAAAUUCGGGUUGGGGUGUGGGAGGACAAGGUGCUUUUUCCUGGUGGCGUGCGGCCAACAUGGGAGCUAGGGGAUGCUGUUAGCAGGCUGGGAGUGUUUGGAGGGGUUGGCCUGGAUUGAGCCUGACCAAGGAGGGGAGGGUGAUCAGGAUCCCCUUCCUCGCAGGUCUGCUCUGGGUUUGGUGCUUGGCAGAUUCCCAGGGAUGGGAGGAGAGGCUGCACUCCCCUCCUCCCCUCCUGCUCCCAGUCUGUGUGGAUGACAGCCUGCAACCCCGACACCACAGGGAUGGCCACAGUGUGGGAACAGCUCCUGGUUUUGGGUGCAGCUCAGAGACAGCUCACUCUGUGCCUGGCUCCAGCUCUCAGUGUGCUUUAUGCAUCCUGGUAUAUCCAGCUUGCUGUGCACGCUGCAAGGAGCUCUGCCAAGGCAUGGGAGCAGCAUGAGAUGGGGUUACUGGUGCAAAGGGACUGCAGAGCAGACCAGGCACCUGCAUGGAUGUGGAGCUCUAAGCACAUGAAUAGCACUGAUGGAGAGGGGCUGUGCGCCAUGCCCUGGGGACCAGGAGGGGUCCUGACCUCCAGGGCAGGCAACUGAGGAGGAAGGGAACGGGAUACAGAGAAACUCCAAGCAAAAGCCUGAGCUGCUGGGAACAGCUCUUAGGCAGAGGCAGCUGUGAAUCCUGCCAGGGAUGCACAGUGCCACUGAUGGGCAUUGGUGAUGAUGCGCGUGUGGCACAGUGCUGCUGCUGCUGCCUGCACCAAGGGGGGAAUGCAUGUGAGGGAUGCACCCAUGCAGCACUUUGGUCACUGCAGGGUCCUUGGGUUGUGCUCCUGGCCACGUCCCAAGCUUUUGUUUGCAAACACUGGGCAGCAGUGACCUUCACAGUGCAGGAAGGGCACCGGGUGAGCCAGGAGGGUUUUCCCCAUGGGGAAAGGGUGGGGUUGUCCUCCCUGCGCUCAGCAAACUUUAACUUUGGGGAGGGGGAAGGAAAGCAGCACCCAGAGAAAGUUUGUUCUUCACUUCCUGUGUUUAUUCCCUUCCCUUUCUCCCUACCUUUAAGAAAAAGCAAAGGGAGAUUGAAAGUAUGCUUUUUUGGUGUGUGUUUACCCUAAGGAGAAGCCCCAGCUUUUCUAUCCUGAGAGAUACAGGGCAGUGCUGCUCAGAGCCCCGGUGUAUGGCUGCUCUCUCCAGCACAGAGGUGCCCAUGGUUAUGGCCACCCUGGACGGCUGAUGGCUGUGACAUGGCCCAGCUGGCACAGGGAGAACAGCACUGCUCUGAGAUCACACAGCCAGGGCUGGACCCUGCUUCACAGCUCCUGAAGCCACUGCUGAGAGCAGCUCUGUGCCACCCUUGGGUGCAACCGGGGAUGGGGCAGGAGGUGAAGCGUUGGGGUGUUUGCUGGCUCUGGUGUUGGUGCUGGCACUGGGUGCACAGCAGCAGGUUGGCACGUGCCCAUGAGCCGUUGGGGGACCUUGACCACUGGUAGCAGAUGGUGGCAGUGAUUGGGGAGCUGCAGUGGUGCGGAUGAGCGCGUGUGUCCCACCCCACAGCUAGCAGCGUGCCAGCUAGGGGAGCAGUGCAUUGCUCCUGGCUGCCUCCGGAGCAGUGUCAGCCCACGGUGGUCGAAAGGGGUGCACAGGGUUGACUGGGAGCUGCCAUCUCGGCCUUCCUGGAGCAUCCUCUGUCUGUGCUGUUGACGUGGUUCCCAUCCCCAGCUUCUCCCCACUGCCCUCCUGGCAGUGACGAGGACUGUUUGUGCUGACCAAGCCACAAUGAAAGGCGGAACACCUUCCUGCACCCAGUGACGGGGCAGCUCCCGGAAGAAAACUCAAGAUUAGACUUGCAAAAGCCGACCUUGGACAUGUCAAGCAAAGCAGGAAGCAAGCGCCCGGCGAACAGCAGCAGCAGCAGCGAGCCCUCCAACCACACCAUGGUGACGGAGGUGGCCCCGGAGCGGCCCGGAGGCCGGGUGCGUGCCCGGGUCCACGUGGCACAGCGGGCAACGACGGAGCAGAUGGGAAGCGGGGGUCAAACCCGGGCACUGAGCUCAUCCUCUCCCCCUCUGCAGGCGUCGCGCUCCUCCCGUAAGGGCAUCACCUUCGGGAAGCGCUCCAACUCCAUGAAGAGAAACCCCAACGCCGCCGUCACCAAAAGCGGUUGGCUCUACAAACAGGCCAGCUCGGGGGUGAAGCAGUGGAACAAGCGCUGGUUCGUGCUGGUGGACCGCUGCCUCUUCUACUACAAAGAUGAGAAGGAGGAGAGCAUCCUGGGCAGCAUCCCUCUGCUCAGCUUCCGUGUGGCGGCCGUGCAGCCCUCCGACAACAUCAGCAGGAAGCACACCUUUAAGGUGACGGUGUGCUGGGUGGAGGAAGUGCCAGCGAGUAACGAGCAGUCCCUGUCUCCCCAGGCCGAGCACGCUGGCAUCCGGACGUACUUCUUCAGCGCUGAGAACACAGAGGAGCAGGAAUCCUGGAUCCAAGCCAUGGGCGAAGCUGCCCGGGUGCAGAUCCCCCCAACCCAGAGACACGAGAAGACGGACUCUGAGAACAUCCCCCCCAGCAAACACCACCACCACCAUCGUAAUACCGUGCACCACGAGCACCCCAAAGCUGACCCCGAUGCCAAGACCCGGGGUGAAGGCGAUGGCCGUGGCUCAGAGAAACUCGAGAGGAAACCAGAGAGGAUAGAGAGCAAGAAGGAACCCUUGGCCAAAGCCAACGGCAUCGCCGGGCAAGAGAUACCCUCCGAGCCCGGCAGCCCUUACCCCGAAGCACCGCGGGCGCCAACGAGCACAGAGCGGCCGCCCCAACCCAAUGGUUGGCCCUACACAUCCCCCAGCCGCCCUGGCAGCACUGCGUACCCCCCACCCGAUGGGGAGAGCGCUGCCCACCGCCGCAGCUUCGCCCCCCGCACCAACCCCGAGAAGAUCGCGCAGCGGAAGAGCUCCAUGACGCAGCUGCAGCAGUGGGUGAACCUGCGCCGGGGCAAUGUGCCCCCCGAGGAGCUGCGCAGCCCCACCAGGUUUUACCCCGUGUCUCGCCGGGUGCCCGAUUACUACCCCCCCUACUCACCCCAGUACCCUGAGGACUACCAGUACUACCCACCCGGCGUGCGCCCUGACAGCAUCUGCUCCAUGCCCGCCUACGAGCGGGUCAGCCCUCCCUGGGCACUGGAAGACAAGCGGCAUUCCUUCCGCAACGGGGGUCCCUAUCAGCUCCGGGAAUGGAAGGAGCACCCCAGCUUCGGCCGGCAGGAUGUCCCAGUCUGGCUCCCUGGUAGGCAGCCGACUUACUUCGACGAGGUGGAUGCCGCCUCGGGAUCGCUGCGGAGGAUGUCACUGCAGCCCCGCUCCCGCUCCGUGCCCCGCUCGCCCAGCCAGGGAUCCUACAGCCACACUCGGGUGUACUCCCCGGUGCGCUCACCCAGCGCCCGCUUUGAGCGGCUGCCGCCCCACGGAGAGGAGAUUUAUGUCGACCCCGGCACCUUCAUGAUGAGGAGAUCCAUCAGUUCUCCCAAGUAUGACUAUCUGGGUGACAGGCGGCCCAUCCCUGCGGGAAUGUACCCCUACCACUACCCAGCAUCCCCCACGGUCCACGACAAGAUGGAUGAACUUUUAGACCUUCAGUUGCAAAGAAACCUAGAGUAUUUGGACCAGCAGAUGAGCGAGAGCGAAACCCUGAUCAGUAUGGUGAACAGGAUGGUGGAGAGCUCCUCCCCUAGGGCUCAGCUCUACAUGCAAGUGACGACACCCUUCCCAGAAGCCUACAGGGAGACCCUGCAUGCCUACAAGAUAAGCGAGCAAGACACCGAUAAGCUGCUGGGGAAGCUCUGUGAGCAGAACAAAGUGCUGCGGGAGCAGGAGAGGCUGGUGCAACAGCUCCGAGCAGAGAAGGAGAGUCUGGAGAGUGCCCUGAUGGGGACGCACCAGGAGCUGGAGAUGUUUGGGAGCCAGCCCGCCUACCCUGAGAAGCUGCUGCACAAGAAGGAGUCCCUGCAGAACCAGCUCAUCAACAUCCGUGUGGAGCUGUCUCAGGCCAGCACGGCCUUGGCCAACAGCACGGCUGAGUAUGAGACCCUGGAGAGCGAGGUGUCUGCCCUGCACGAUGACCUCUGGGAGCAGCUGAACCUGGACAUCCAAAAUGAAAUGCUCAACCGGCAGAUCCAGAAGGAGAUCUGGAGGAUCCAGGAUGUGAUGGAGGGGCUGAGGAAGAACAACCCGUCCCGUGGCACCGACACUGCCAAGCACAGAGUGGCCAUCGGCCCCUCAGGCACCUACAGCUCCAACAGCCCCGCCAGCCCACUGAGCUCCGCCAGCCUCACCAGCCCCCUGAGCCCCUUCUCUCUCAUCUCUGGCUCCCAGGGCUCACCCACCAAGCCAGGCCCCAGCGAGGAACCCGGCCCGCCUCGACCUCCCCUCCCCAAGUCGUACAUCCCCCUGGAGCCUCCUCCGACUGUACCUCCACUCCCUAGCGAGAGCCGCCCCUGGCCGUACCCCACCUCCCCUUCCUGGCAGCGAGGCGGCGAGUCGCAGAGGGGACAGCCCAAACCAAGCUUGGAGCAAAGCAAGAAGGAGACGCAGCGAACGGCUGCCCCUGGCCCCACUGCUGAGGGGCUGCAGAGCCGGCAGGAGCAGGAGGCAGAGAAGCAAGCUGCCCUCAACAAAGUGGGCAUUGUGCCGCCCCGAACCAAAUCUCCGACAGAGGAGGAGGUGGUGCCCACAACAGGGAUGCUGAGGAGGAGUGCCAGCGGCAUGGCCAACGGGCUUGGCUCCCGGGAGAGGCCGAAGAGCGCUGUGUUUGCCAAUGAGACAAAGGUGAAGAUGAGCGUGGAGGAGCAGAUUGACCGCAUGAAACGCCACCAGAGUGGCUCCAUGAAGGAGAAGCGGCGCAGCCUGCAGCUGCCCGGCAGCCAGCAGCCCGACACCCCUGGUACGAAGGCACCUGCAUCCUACAAAGUGGUGCGCCGGCAUCGCAGCAUCCACGAGGUGGACAUCUCUGACCUGGAGGCAGCGCUGCGCUCUGAUGAACCCGGCAAGGUGCACGAGACACCCCGAGAGGAGAUCGCCCGGCUGCGCAAAAUGGAGCUGGAGCCACAGCACUAUGAUGUGGACAUCAACAAGGAGCUAUCCACACCGGACAAAGUCCUCAUCCCCGAGCGGUACAUCGAGCUGGAGCCCGACACGCCACUCAGCCCCGAAGAAAUGAAGGAGAAACAAAAGAAAGUGGAAAGGAUAAAAACCCUCAUUGCCAAGUCCAGCCUGCAGAAUGUCAUCCCCCUGGGUGAGGGUGAAGUGGACGCUCCCCAGGACCCCGAAACACAGCUGCAGGAGCAGGAGAAGAGGAUAGAGAUCUCGUGUGCUCUGGCUGCUGAGGCAUCUCGCCGGGGCCGCAUGCUAUCGGCUCAAUGCGCUACCCCAAGCCCUCCCACCUCCCCAGCCUCCCCGACUCCACCGACAAACCCCCUCUCGUCUGAACCAUCCCGGGUCGCCGACUGCAGCCAUUUUAUGCGUGUCUGAGCCAUGAACUCAAGCCCUGGCAGCCGCCGGUGCCAUCAAGUUCCACGGGGCCACGUUCUAGUGCAGCACCACAUGCGCCCUGGCUCAACAUUGACCCUCUCUGCGCCAUCGUUUUUGGUUCUCCUGGACCCCCUCCCUCCUUCCCAUCGAUGGCAUCAGCCUGGGAUGGAUGAGCGGGAAGGUGCAGCCUCAAUGCUCUGCCCCAUCCUGGAGGAGCCGUGCAGGUGCCACAAGCACCGUCCCCAAGGACUGGGGACACUGAGCUUCCACCUAGCACUGGGACACAGCUGUGAUGUCCUGGGUGCAUGGAGGGACAUGUGCAGCUGGGACAGCCUUGGAGGAGUGCAGCAUCCCUCGGCUCUCCGUGCAUUGGUCACACAAAGGGGACCGUCUCCACCGUGGAUGGUGCAUUCUCCACACACGUCUGUGCUCCUGGCUGUGCCCGGAAUGCUUUCAGCACCUCAAUGGAGGGAGAUGUCAGCCCCAUCGCGGCUGUACUGGGAACAGGGCGCACGGAGAGGGGACGCAAUGGGACACAGGUGCCCAAGGGGCUGGGACGGUGAGGGCUGCCCAGCACAGAGCCAUGGGCAUGGAGCAGCAGGUGCAGGCAGGGACUGGGGAUGUGGGGAAGGAGCAGAGGAGUGGAGCAGAGCCAAUGGGCCGAGCAGCGAUCUGCAGGAUGGAUGGGGAUGGUGACAAGGAGGGGACCGGGCUGGAACCAUGAAUGCUUCCAGGUGGUAGCGAUGCUUUGCUCGUGGUCACCUCUGUCACAGCCCAGGUGGCCCGGCAGGAAUUCCAUGGGGCUGCACGCAUCCAGAGCUCCCCGGGCAGCCCUCUGUGCUGGAGGAGGGGUUCCUUAUCCUGCAGCACCAGGGAUGGAUGUGGGGACAGGAGGGGGCACCUCAGCUGCACAGCAUGGACUGGAUCCCUCUGGUCUCAGCACACAGCCUCGCCAUUGCACUCCAACCACAUCAGCUUGGUCGUUUCUCCUAUCGCAAGCCUUUGAUCCCAUUUUAUUUUCACUUUCCAAACGGAGGGAAAGACGCUGUUUCUGCCUGAAAAUGCAGCACGGUGGGGGGGGGGUGGGGUGGGGGGGGCAGAGGUGGGGGGAUGGGCGGUGUCUCCAUGGCCGGAUCCUGAUGUGUGCCCCCUCUGCAUCCCCAUCCCCCCCCCCUACUCUUAGCAAUACUCAUAGGAUCCCAGGAACCCUCCUCCCGCAGCCCCCUUAGCUCAUAAAGCUGGCCCUUUAUUUUGCUAUCACAUGCCUUAAUAUAUGUUUUAUGGAGAAUUAUACAUUUAUUAUAUAUAUAUAUAUAUAUAUAUAUGGGGUUUUUUUUCUCUUCUUUUCUGGGAGGUGGUUUAGUGCUGAUCUCUCCAUGGGGCUGUCGGCACAACAGGAGCAGAUUCUUUGCCAAUUUAUCAGAAAAUUAAAAAAAAAAAAAAACAAAAAAAAACCCAACCAAACCUAUUUAAAGAACAAUAUAUAUAUAUAUA